AAAAUAAAACAAAAAAUAAAAAUCAGCCAGGUUCCCUGCAGAUUCAGGCAGAGAUCUUUCCGGGUUUUACAGAAUUUAGUAUCAUAAUAACAGGGGAGUCUGAAUAGAGCGCUAUGGCUCGCAAAAUUCGGAACUUGAACGGGUUGGGCGUCGCUCAGGCCGCGGGCGGUCCACUUCUCACGUCGGCGGCCAUCGACAAGCGUGUGAAAAAUCUGGUGGAGGGGUAUCUUGCCGCGAAGGCCGAAGAUGGCGAGAAGCCUGUUUCGAUUAAGCGGGUGCUGCCGUCCGUGCUGGUGCAGUAUGUGCAGGAUUGUGACGCGGGACUGAGGAGGUUGAAGAGGGCGUUGGUGGAGAAGAGUGUUGAGAGUGUGGUUGAGAUGUUGGUUGAGGAGGAGAGCGAACGGGGUGAUCUGGAUGAGGAGGAGGGUGCUUUGGAUGGUGAUUUCAGCGACAUGGAUGAGUCUAAAAUGAUGAUGGUUAAGGAUAUGAACGCUCUAAACAAAGGAAUCGUCGGCUUAUGGAACACAGAAACCAACACCCGUCCGAUCAUACCAGUCGAGAUUCCAGACGACACUGUCGACACUGCAUCUCCAGCAACCCCAGCAGCUCCAACAGACACCAAACCACCGACCUCAUCCCAAGCUGGUUCGAAAAAACGCGACCGAGCGCAACCCGCCGAGACUACUGCCGCGCCCAAGAAGAAAAAAGGCGGGUCGACGGUGUCGAAAGAAGACCGGUCGCCGCCGACUCAUGUCAAGCUGUCGGAUAUCGGUGGCAUGGAUCAUGUUAUUCGGGAUAUGAAAGAGCUCGUCUGCUUGCCUAUCGAACAUCCAGAGAUCUAUCGCCAUACAGGCGUGCAGCCUGCCCGGGGUGUCUUGUUACAUGGACCACCUGGAUGCGGUAAAACUAUGCUGGCGAAUGCUAUCGCAGCUGACCUCAACAUCCCCUUCAUCUCCCUUUCAGCACCAUCAGUCGUUUCCGGAAUGUCAGGCGAGUCCGAGAAAAAAGUCCGCGAGAUAUUCGAAGAAGCCCGCGCGAUCGCGCCCUGCAUCAUCUUCCUGGACGAGAUCGACGCGAUCACGCCCAAGCGCGAAAGCGCGCAGCGCGAGAUGGAGAGACGUAUCGUUGCCCAGCUGUUGACGUGUAUGGACGAUCUCUCGCUCGAAAAGACGGAUGGGAAGGUCGUGAUUGUGAUUGGCGCCACUAAUCUCCCGGACUCGCUUGAUCCCGCGCUCCGGCGCGCGGGUAGAUUUGAUCGGGAGAUUCAGAUGACUGUUCCCGACGAGCUCUCCCGCGAGAGCAUUCUUAGGAUUUUGUGUGGCAAACUCAGACUUUCUGGAGAAUUUGAUUUUAAAGCAUUGGCGAAGCAGACCUCGGGGUUUGUCGGCGCGGAUUUGAAUGCGUUGACUACUGCUGCCGGUAUUGCUGCUAUCAAGCGGAUAUUCAAUGUGAUUAAGCCGAUCGAGGACGCGGCUGCUGCUGAGAAUGGCGGGGUGGAGAAGGCGGAGAAGGAUGGAGCUGCUGAUACUAGAGAAGGUGCUGAUAACAGAGAAGGUGAAAGCGACGCGAUGGAGGUAGAUGAUGUGGUCAAUAUCGAGGAUGACGAUGACGAUAUUCCCGCCGCUCAAAGGGCGCAGCAUAUCAUCGAUCGCAAGGAAAUCGACGACAUCCAGCACUUUUUGGACCGCUUCCCGAACCCGCUUACUCCCGAGCAACUAGAGCCACUCUCAAUCACGAUUGAAGAUUUCAUGACCGCCAUGCCGACCGUGCAGCCGUCGAGCAAGCGUGAAGGGUUCGCGACCAUCCCCGGCGUCACAUGGGACGACAUCGGUGCUCUGGCGCGCAUCAGAGUCGAGCUGCAGAUGGCCAUCGUGCAGCCUAUUCGCCGGCCGGAGCUGUAUGCCCAGGUUGGUAUCACUGCUCCCUCGGGAGUUUUGCUGUGGGGUCCACCGGGCUGCGGUAAGACGCUUCUGGCAAAGGCGGUGGCUAACGAGAGCCGAGCGAAUUUCAUCUCAGUCCGCGGACCUGAGCUGCUGAACAAGUGGGUCGGAGAAUCUGAAAAGUCGCUUCGACAAGUGUUCAUGAGAGCCCGAGCGUCUACUCCUUGCGUCAUCUUCUUUGACGAGAUCGACGCUCUUGUCCCCGUUCGUGACGACUCGCGGGAGUCUACCUCUCGGAUGGUUAACACACUACUGACCGAGCUCGACGGCGUAAACGACCGGAAAGGCAUCUACGUCAUCGCAGCCACCAAUCGUCCAGACAUGAUUGAUCCGGCGAUGCUCCGCCCCGGCCGUCUGGACAAGCCUUUAUUUGUCGAGCUUCCGAACGCGAGAGAGCGCGCCGAGAUCUUCAAGACUGUUGCGAAGAAGACGCCGAUCGACGACAAUGUCGAUUUCGACGCGCUGGCGCAGGACGAGCGGUGCCGGAAUUUCAGCGGCGCAGAUAUCGCUGCGUUGGUUCGUGAGUCUGCGGUUUGCGCGCUGCGGAAAGCGGUGUUUCAGUUACAGGACGAAAAAGGGAAUAUCGACGACGCUGUCGGCGGCGCGGCGGAGGAGACUAAGAUUAUUGUCACCAUGGACGAUUUCGAGACUGCGUUUCAGAAUGUGACGCCGAGUGUGUCGGAUAAGGAUCGGACAAAGUAUGAGAGGUUGGGCAAGUCUUUUGGAUGGCGGAAAAAUGCUGAUGCGAGUGCGGAGAAGAGCGCGUGAGCUUUUGUGUGGUGGUUUGUCUUGUAUUGUGUAUUUCUCAUGUGCGUGUGUCAUAAUAAGCUACGUUGGCGUUUCUUGGAGCUUUUUUAAGCAAAAAGUAUUUAUUACAGUUUGAACAGUAAUGAUAA